AUCAUAAUUUGGUGUAACUGUUUGUAGCUUUUUCAAAGAAAAUGAAAUCAUUAAAAUUUAUAAUAGUUUUAUUACAUGCCUGCUGCAUACACGGUAACAUCGAGGAGAGACUGGAGAAGUUGGAGACGGACAUGGUCAACUUGAAGGAACAUGUUCACCACCAGGAUGUGUUGAUUAACCACCUAAACAACGUUAUAUUAAGUCAAAAUGAACAGAAUGGUGGAAACGGUACAACGAGGGGAAGGAGAUCUUUCCUUCAAAGUUCUAUGGCAGCAUUUACGGUUCUCAUGGACCAUGUGAUUCUUGCCCAGCCCGCAAAUACUCCUCUGGUUUUCAACCGAGUUAUAACCAAUCUAGGAAUUGCUUACAACAGUCACACUGGGAAAUUCACAGCCCCUCAAGAUGGGGUUUACUUGUUCUCUUACUCAAUGCACGUCAAUAGGAUCGGCCAGUCCUUUUUGCAACUAGUUAGAAACGGUGUGCAGAUUGUUGGCUCCGUGACCGAGUCGACCAAUGACUACGGAGACACGCAGGGCGGAAGUACGGCUGUGAUUGAUUUAUUCGCGGGUGAUCAAGUUUGGGUCGAAGUGUUCUAUGAUGAGAAUGACAGACUUGAAGGAAAAUAUGGCGGAACGUCCUUCACUGGGGCGUUGCUUGCGUAAAACGAGUUGACAUUUUUAUUAUUAUGUUCUUGUAAAUAUUUCACUUUAUUAAAUAACUAUUAUAUUUUAA